AUGAGCCUAGAAUACAGAUCUAUAUAUCAAUUCAUAUUAAACAAAAAAUCAUUGGGCACUAAGACGUUUUACAGCCCUUUGUUGUCUGCUCCAUCAAACAUUCAUUGGCAAUUACAAUUCAACCUGGAUAACACUAAAGAGAUAGAAUAUUGCUCAAUACGCAUUCAUGCAAUUCCGAAUAAACACGAAGAUCAAAAUCAGAAUACAGUUUGGCUCAGUAGAAAAAAUUUGAAACAAAAACUUUUUUUAAAAGAUCAGUACAAUAAUUACUUAACUUCAGGCAUCGUUGACAGAAAUUAUGGUCACGGAAAGUUAAAUUGGGGCUAUUUAAAAUUUUAUGAAUGGGAAUUGCUUCCAGAAACGUUCAUAAUUGGCGUAGAAUUUAAUACGAGUGUUUCGGAGGAAAUACUCGUUACUGGCUUUCUAGAUCAUAAAAAAAAUCCUGAGUUAAAAAACGCUUGGCUCAGUGAUUUGAAUAAUCCAAAUACUUCUGAUAUAAGAUUUAUCGUUGGUGACCAGGAAUUUUAUGCCAGCAGCAAAAUUUUGAGUACUCAAUCAAAAUAUUUUCAGGCAUUAUUAAGUGCUUGGAUGGAAAUGAAAGAUCUGUAUGAGGAAAAGUUUAUGAAAAAUAAACGAGUAUUCGAUUACGAAAUUAUGGAUACGGAUCCUACACUGUUUUUGCAAAUGCUUAAAUAUCUCUAUACCGGUGACGUUAUUUAUGAGUCUUCAGAUUUUCUCAAAAAUGCCUUAGAUCUGUACGGAAUUGCUGACAAAUAUUUAUUGGACGAGUUACGAGAACAAACAGCGGAGCAUAUAGUUUCCUCAAUGACCGUAGAGAACGCAGCGGAAAUUCUUUUCGGGUCAGCUUACAAAUGGCCUGAACUGAAAAAAGUAAUAAAGAAAUUUGUUGUAAAGAAUUUCACUAAAAUAUCUGAUACUUCAUGCUAUGAAAUUAUUAUCAAAAAUCGUAAUAAUUAUCCUAGCUUUCACGAAAUCAAUUCCGAAAUUCUAUUAAGUCUUCAUCAAAAAGAUAUUUUCGAUUAA